UUAAAAGCUGCUGACGUCAAAGGGACGGCCAUCUUUGAUGAGGGCAGAGCUCACGUUGCAUUGAAGACGAACCCUCGGGGAGGUCAGGCGCUGUCUUUCCUCCCUGCUCGGCGGAUCCUCCACGCUUGCAACCUGCAGGGGAUCGGCGAACACCACCACCCUCCGGAGAAGCCAAGGUUCUGUGAGCAAACCCAUCCCUGAGCCAUCAGCCCAGGCGCCCAGCCACACCCCACCGCUACCAUGGCCGAAGACGCGGACAUGCGCAAUGAGCUGGAGGAGAUGCAGCGAAGGGCUGACCAGCUGGCAGAUGAGUCGCUGGAAAGCACCCGUCGCAUGCUGCAACUGGUUGAAGAGAGUAAAGAUGCUGGUAUCAGGACUUUGGUAAUGUUGGAUGAACAAGGAGAACAACUGGAACGCAUUGAGGAAGGGAUGGACCAAAUCAAUAAGGACAUGAAAGAAGCAGAAAAGAAUUUGACGGACCUAGGAAAGUUCUGCGGGCUUUGUGUGUGUCCCUGUAACAAGCUUAAAUCAAGUGAUGCUUACAAAAAAGCCUGGGGCAAUAAUCAGGAUGGAGUGGUGGCUAGCCAGCCUGCCCGUGUGGUGGAUGAGCGGGAGCAGAUGGCCAUCAGUGGUGGCUUUAUCCGCAGGGUAACAAAUGAUGCACGAGAAAAUGAAAUGGAUGAAAACCUGGAGCAGGUGAGCGGUAUCAUUGGCAAUCUCCGCCACAUGGCCCUGGACAUGGGUAAUGAGAUCGAUACACAGAAUCGCCAGAUUGACAGGAUCAUGGAGAAGGCUGAUUCUAACAAAACCAGAAUUGAUGAGGCCAACCAACGUGCAACAAAGAUGCUGGGAAGUGGUUAAGCGUGCCUCUCUCUAUACUCUCCCGAAUGCUGUUGGGCAAGACAGCUCCUUCAUGCUUUUCUCAUGGUAUCACCUAGUAGGUCUGCACACAGAUACCCAUCAGCCCAUCCUCAUUGUGAAUGUUGUCUUGUGUCUCCUGUCAGCUUUCCUACAAUAUUAUGUGUCUUUCGUUCUCUGGGUCUGUUUCUUUCCAAAGGUUGUAUAUAGUGGUCAUUUGGUGGCUCUAACUCCCUACAUUAGAUGUCUUGGGUUUCAUUGUUGAUUUUCUCUCCUCAGUGGCGUUUGCUGAAUGACAACAAUUUAGGAAUGCUCGAUGUGCUGUUGAUUCUUUCGAUACACAGUAUUGUUCUUGUAAAACUGUGACAUUCCACAGAGCUGCUGCCAUGGUCCUUUCUUUGGGUGUCAGGCUCUGAAUCUCAAACUGUGCUCUCUUUUGUUCCUCAUGGCUGUUACCUGUCUAUAAUUUCAUGAUUAGACAAUGUGGAACUACGUAACAGACAUUGCACUAAAAGUGAUGUGAUUUAUGCAUUUAUGCAUGAGAACUAAAUAGAUUUUUAGAUUCCUAAUUAAGAACUUUCCAUGACAGUAGCAUACUGAUCAGAAAACACAACAACAGCAACAACAAAGCAACAACAAGCAUGCUCAGUAUUGAGACACUGUCAAGAUAAGUUAUACCAGCGAAACUGCAGUACUGUCACUUUCUUUCUGUCAACAUAUAGACUUAUCAAUCAUAAUCAUCUUUUUUUUAAAAAUAUAAUUUUAAAAAAGAUGGAUUUAACACAUCACCAUUUAAUUUUAUCCCAGUAAAAUAUAUGUUUGGCUGAAACUAUGUGAAGUGGAUGUACUUUAAGGUCUGUUUGCUGCUUUUAAAGACAAUGUUUUAGAGAAAGCAAUCUUGCUGUGAAACUGUGGAGAUGUAAAUUUUAUAAGGUUGACUUUAAUUAAUCUCCAUUCCCCUGUGAUUCGUAAUCAGUACAAUUCUUUGUUGCUUAAUCUAGAGCUAUGCACACCAAAUUGCUGAGAUGUUAAGUAGUUGAUAAAGAAACCUUUAAAAAAAUUAUAAAUGAAUGAACUACAGAUAAACUGUGAGAUAAAUAUCCUUACAGCAUGUAAUAUUAAAUUCCUCCUGUCUUCUCUGUUGGUUUGUGAAGUGAUUGACAUUUUGUAGCUAGUUUAAAAUUAUUAAAAACUAUGGACUC